AGGUUGUCAUGGAAGUUGACAUUGAUGCAGUUGGAGAACAGCUGAGGAUAUUUCAGGAUCAAUACAAAGAGAAGAGCAAAGAGUAUGACCGCCUGUAUGAGAAGUUUAACCAAACCUCCCAGGAAUUGCAAAGCAAGCGGACAGCCAUAGAGGCUUUCAGUGAAAUCAUUCGGAUCUUUGAAGAGGAGUGUGAAACUCAAGAACGCUACAGCAAGGAAUACAUCGACAUGUUCCUCACAUUAGACAGCAGUACAGAGACUGACAAGAUUCAAAGCAAUUCAGAUGAGCUGCAGUCAGGGGUGGAGGAGAUCCACAGCAGCAAGAAGAAGUUGGAGGAGGAGCUGAAGAGGAAGGCGCUGGCUCACAUGGAGGUGGACAGGAAAAUGAAUAGCCUGAAGCCUGACCUUGUGCAGCUCAGGAAGAUCAGAGAUCAAUACCUGCUCUGGCUCACCCAGCAAGGCACGAGACAGAGCCAGAUUAAUGACUGGCUGGGUAUCAAGAAUGAAGAAGAAGACCCGUACACCCUGGCAGACGAUACACACCAGGAGGAGAGGACCUGGUACGUUGGUGGUAUGAGACGAAAGGAGGCAGAGGAGCUGCUGAGGGGGAGGAGGGACGGGACCUUCCUAAUCAGAGACAGUCAGACUCAGAGAGGCUCUUUUGCCUGCUCUGUUGUUGUGGAUGGGGAUGUGAAGCACUGUGUGAUCUACAGGACGUCCACGGGGUAUGGCUUCGCUGAGCCCUACAACCUGUACUCAUCGCUGAGAGAGCUGGUCCUCCACUAUCGACACACGUCCCUGAUCCAGCACAACCAGCAGCUGAAUGUAACUCUGGCCUGGCCUGCUCUCAGCCAGCAGCCCAGCUGAGACACACCAGCACGCCACCCUGAGGGCGCCUUCUCACAAAGCUUCACUGUGUUAGUACUGAGGACGCACCAAUAUGGACACUGUUACCAGGCUCUAACAGAGUACCGGUUAGUGUUGUCACCAUACGAGAGUUUUCAGAAACUGUUCCAGUGCUCAGAUUUAGAUAUUUAAAAAUGCUACACUGCUGCAAGAUGUCACAGCAAACAGAAAACAUUGCCAAACAACAGUAACUGAAAUGCUUGCUGAGUUACUUGGAACAGAUUUUGAACAGCUCUCCCAAAGUAGUUUUAAGAUUGUUUGGUUCAUUGUCAGCUUUGUUAGUUAAAAACAAUAGUUACAUAUUUAUCUCCUGGCAUCAGUCAGACUGCAGCUCUGUUCUAAUCUAAUUUGUUUUUUAAAGCUAUUAUUCGUCAUAUUAAAAAUCCCAUUUACUGGCCAUCUGCACAUACAGCUUGCAAAAUACAAUUCAGAUUAAGUACUUAGCAUUUACAGAAUUCAACAUUGUAUUAAAUCUUUUGCAGCAGUACUGAGGUAGCGCAGAUAUAUUGCCUCAUCAUGACAACACUAGUACGGUCAUCAGUUUUUCGAACCUGUGCUGCUAUUAAAAGUUGCAAAAAUCUUAACAUUUAUAAGAUUAGAAAGAACAUUAUUUAUAUUAUAGCAAAAAUCUGCCUUUAGACUUUAUAAUAAUAACACUAAUAAUAAUAAACAAUGAUUUGACAUUAUUAUAGUGCUAAUUAUCAAUAUCAAAUGAUAUGAAAUGAUUUAUCAUAAAAUAAAACUUUUGGCCAUAUCGCCCAGCCCUAACAGCAACAUCAUGAUAACAGGAUACAAGUAUCAAGCUUUCAGAAUCGUAAUAAUUAAAAUGUUUGCAGAUCAAUAUAAUUUGGUUGUUUAAGUAUAAAAAGGUUGGUUAAUCCAGACACUUGACAUUUCAGUUUGAAGUUUUUUCCCAAAAAAGCAAGCACAAUAAAUCAUAAAUAUUUAAGAAGCAAAUACUUCAUGCAAAGAUUCAUACAGUUUCGAAGUCAUGGUAUCUAUAUUUGGCCACACUGUAUUGUGCUGUGCCUAAGCCAAAUUCAUUUGUUGCAUAUCUUAAAUCCAUAAAGCCAGUGAAGUUGCAGUGUUUAAGAAACUGAGCUCAGGGUGGGACUCCGCACUACCCGCCACAUCUGCAUUAUGGGUAUUGUAGAAACUGAGGAGACACACAAGCACUUUAUACAAAACAAGACAACCAGAAUACACACAGGCACCGAGAAGAGAGAGCUGGAGAUCUGUGAGAACGCACCGCAACACUGACGUCACAUAUUGAUGUUGCAGUUGAACGUUUUUAUUUCAGUGAUUAAGAAUAUAAAAGUUAUUUUCGUACUGUGAAUAGUUCACUUUUCACACUGGGGUUUUCUGUGGUCAUUCUGCACAUUUCAGCAAUAUCUUCAGGACAUUACAAAUGAGACAAAAUAGGAAUUUGUGGAUUCUACCUCUGCGUUGUGUUUAUGCUUUAAAGCAUUGCCAUUAUAACAUCUGUCAAAUUAUUCUGAUAGCAGAUGAUGAUUUUUGUUCAUUGAAAAAUAUGGGACAAUCACAGUAAAGUCUGUGUAAUCUGUGUGCUGCUUUACGGUCCCUUAUUAACGCUUUAAAGUGUUAAUAGCAAUUUAUGAGCAGGUAUUCACUGUGAAGCAGCAGACAUGAAGCAGAAGCAAAAACUGAAAGCAUAUCUGUUGUGUACAUGCACAUUUUGGAAUACUAAUGCCCCAAAAGCACACUUACUAUGUGAGAUAUCAAUCUGGUUAAAAUGCAGACAGCGUUUUUUUAUUAUUAAUUUAUCUAUUUCUUUCUGAGGAUCUUGGUUGGAUUCAGGGAUCCAGGAGCUUUGAUAAGUCUCUGGAGCCUGAUGUGGAGUGAUAAUAUACUGCUCUUUUAGAUUUCUGGAUCUGGUUGAAAAGUGCCCUUAAGUGUUUAUAUUCUAGCCAUCAUCAUUUUACUUUGUGUUACUCUCAGGACAGGCAUCUAGCAUGAGUAUGAUGUUCGGCAUAAACAACAAUGUUGUGAUGAACCAAACACUGAGGCGGUGUCUAACUGAAUACAAGGCUACAAUAGCACAUUGGAGUACUCUCAAAGAGGGUAUUAUUAUUAAAGGUAGUUGCUUUUACUGUAACUGACCGCUUUUAAGCAUCAUAUUUAAAUUAUAUAUAAUCUUUUUGUGAAAGUGAGUGUCAAAUAGACCUUAUCCCCUGGUAGUUGCCACAUUGAACAUACAUCACACUUGGUAUGAGAAGCUGUAUACAUGACAUAGGCCUAUAUACCAGAUGUUUAAAAUGUAGGUGAAGACAAAAUACAAAAUAAUUAGAAAAACAAACAUUUACUUAAGUGUUGAGCUGGAAACUGGAAAGAUGCUAAAAAGUAGUUUUUAAAAAGGGAGCCACAAAAAGCUAGUGUUAUUUCAACAUAUAGAUUUAUGAUUAACCAAACAGUUGUGAAUGAUGGACAUUAAUUUUGCAGACAAGUUAGCUUUGCUGACUAAUUAGCUGCUAGCUAACAAGGUAUGAUUCCAGCUAUGGCGGACCAAAUAAGUAGAUUACCAUACGAUCAGGUAUUUCAUAGAUGUCUGUAAACAGUAGUAGAACAUACCUGAGAUUGUUUUUCUCAAGUGUGUAGUAUGUUCAAAAUGGUGAUAGCAAAUGAUGUCUAUAAUGAUCAAUAUCUCAUUUUGAAAUGAAAAUUGUUUACAUUUCAGGCCUAUUCAGGUCCCUCCAGCACUGGAGAGGUAACAGGGACCCCUUUGAUAGUGCACUUUGUGAGUAGAGAUGAAGUGGUGCUUGUGGGUUACAGUGAAUCAUCAAAAUAUUUUUAUAGGGGAAAAUAUAGUAGCCAUUAAAUAUAGCAUCGUCAGUUUGAGUUGCUCAUUAAUGUCAAGCAUAUAAGAGCAGUUGCUUUAACAUUUUGUCAUCGGAUUGAUUACAGUAUUUUCAUUUUUUGUCUUUAUUUUUUCAUCUGUUUAAUGGGUCACCUUAAAUGCACUUAGCGGUCGUAAGUCCAACACAUGCAUAUUGCUCAUUGUGUACGUACACUUGAAGUUAUCAGUUUAUUACCAUGAAGGGAGUUGGGAAAAUUCUGUUCUCCUUCCUACUUGUGGCAGUGAAAAGGUGAACAUUUUGCAUGCCUGUGUUGUGUAAGGGAUGACCUAGGUAUUAUAUGUAUUACUAAUUAUAACACGGACAUUACGGCUGGGUACUGUUUUGAUAUCUGUUCUAGUACUACAAGUUCACCACCAGUUAUAAAAAGAUAUGUUUUCUUACCUUUCUUUGAUGGGUUAGCCCUAUUCUCUGCAGGUUUUUUGUUGUUUUGCUUUGUCUCCAUUAUUGUUGCUCAGCACUCAUUGCUGUAGGUGUCCUUAAAUGCACAUCUAAGAGAUCACAUUAGUGAUUACUGUGAUGUCUUCUUUAUCAAAGUAAAUGAAAAAACUUUUUUGGUGUGAUCUGUUGUGCUUGUGACCACUUGAAACUGCAAUAUAUUGUUGCAUAUCAAGUGCUGCAUUGCACAGGUUGUGGAUGGAGCAAGCCACAACCAUUAGAGUGCGGUGCAAGCAGGACUUGUGUGUGAUUACUCUUUAAAGCAAAGAAGCUAAAUUUAAAAUUUUGGUCAGCUAGUUCAUGCUGUUUUGUAAUAGCUUAUGGACAAGCAGUACUACACUCCUGUGUGUAGAAAUCAGGACUCAGUGACAGCGGUGUAUUCUAAAAGCAAAUAGAGGGACUACUGUUGUCAUCUUUGCUGAAACGCAAUUUAUUUGAUCUCAGUGACUUGCUUUCCAGUAAACAUGGAUGGAUGCACCUAAAUGAUUAUUAUUAGGCUACAUAAGGCAUAAAGAGUGCAUGUCAGGCAUGUGAAACCAAAUCAUAGGCAUCUAUCCCUUGUUUCCUUUACUUUUUGCACACUGAACAGAUUAAAAUGCAUUUAAUAUUGUGAAUUCUUAAAAAGAAACUGCACAUAUUGUUUUGUAGCAGGAGUACAGAAAAUGUACCCAGCUUAAAUGUGCACAAAAAUAGACUACACCACUGCUCUGUGGGGUUUAGAUUUAAAGCAUAGCGUUUGCACACAAGUAUCUCAUGUGAGGUGGAGAUACUAUGACUGUCUUCAUGUACAUCCACCCUGUUACUGAAGCAGGUGGACAUGUGGUGGUGCUAAAUAUGGACAAGUUGCUGUUGAGAUUGAUAUGCUGCGGCACUAAUUUGAGUUUUCAAAAAGCAUCUUUAUCUUUCAGGAGCUGACCACUUAGUAGCAUUUAGUGCUGUAAAGUCAGACAUUUGUAAGUGUAUGUGCACAAGUUGAUAUUUUUCUGUUGUCACAGUCUCUUUUUGUAACUUUACAAUUUCAUCAUUGUGCAAACAAAAAUGAAACAGUGACGUACUUUUAGCGGCAAUCAUAUUUAGUAGUUCUCUCUAAUUUUUCAUGACUUGCUACCUAAUUCUUUAACAGCUAUUAUCAUGAGACAUUUAAUCAUGGUAAUGGCUAAUGGAAAAUACUGUUAUGUUGACACAAAAAACUCUUUGAUGCAGAUUACGGAGUAUUACUUCUAUAAAUGUUCAUCUAAAUAGGUACCCAGAUACUAGCUAUCUUGGUAAGCUAUUAAGCCAGCCGACCUGUCAUCGUAAAUACUAUGCUUACGACUAAAUGAAAGGAAAUUAAAAUAAUAAAGUGAUUGCCAUUUAGAUUUUUAUUUCUUUAUUUGAAUUUACCAGUUAACCAGUGCACAUGCUCCAUAAAACCUCCCACCAAGGAGGUUUAAAAUCAAUGAUAUUUGUUCUUCAACUCUCAAUGUUUGUUAAAAUUUUGUCCUAGAUACAAAGGUUUAUGGCAUGGAAGAUUAAAAUCAGCAUGACUGGUGUAUGGUGCAGUAACAACAGGUAUAAACAUUUGUCUGAAAGGUAUUUAAUAGUACUUGGCUUGUUGAGAUGGAUUAAAGGCGCGGUUUGUGAGCUAUAGGGCUGCAACUAAUGAUUAUUUUCGUAGUCAACUAAUCUGUUAAUUAUUUAUUCGAUUAGUCGACGAGUCACGAUUAUUUCUGUCACCCCCUAACCCUAAUUAAACCAUUCAACUAAUUAAAUAUAUUUCUAGUGAAUUACUGAUCUCCAACACACAUCCUAACUAGCUAACGUUACCAUUAAGUGAACAAGGUUUAAUAUUCAGAAUGAACACCAGUAUAAACGCCAAGGGAAAACCAGGGAAGACGACAAGACAGCAUAGGCUAAUUCUAUAAUUCACUGAUUUUUACAAACUUUAAAACUUAACUGUUUAACAAAGAUUUUUGCUUUGGAACUUUAUAAAAUAAAAGCAAAUUAAAAGCAAGUACUAUAAUCACAACUGUACAAUAACAACGUAAUGUCUAUUUAGAACAAUAAAGCAACAGCCCCCUUUCAUAAUCCUUCUGUAGUUUAUUUUUCAAAGUUUUAGGCAGUAACUUAGUGGAGAAUGUUCUGUAGGCUACAUCACGAGCCAGAUGUUCCUUGAUUUACUUUAAACCAUUACUAAUAACGUUUUUAAGGAGGGGUCUCCGACAUUGCCAGCGUAGUGUUGGACAGAUUUGUGCUGCGGUGUUUGAGACGAGCGAGAUGUGCUGCGCAAAUGCGCUGAUCUGCAAUCAAAUAAGAUUUUUAAUUAGGCAUAGAAAAAAAAAAAAAAAAAAAAAAAAAAAAAAGAACAUCAGUAUGUGGCGGUCAGCCUUGAUAUUGUAAUAUCAAAAAAAUGAACGUAUAGGAAACACUGCCUUACCUCUGUCUAUGCAGCUCUGUUGUUGCUGACGCAGUGGUCUGAGUAACUGUGACCAGGUUCUGUGGGUGUGACUGGCCGGCCAGCAGGCCGGCCCUGCUAAUCUCGCGGGCUCUUGUGGAGCUUCUCAACCCCGAAAACGUUUUGAGCACAUUUCAGAUUUGCCAUCAACUUGGUAAAAACUGCCAAUAUUCAAAUUCUACACAGUUGAUUUCUUGCCUCAAAACCGCUCAAAAGUGUAUUUAGUGAUUAAAUAGCGUACAAAACUUAUAAAAACAAAAGCCGUUUUAUUUCUCCGUUACUUUCCGCUUCUUGCAUGAAUGCCUCAUCUUCGUGAGUUGUCUUACAGUCUAGCAGUCAUGACAGUGGAAGCGGUACUGCCCCCAGCACUUCUUUUAGUGCAUUGCAGUUAGAAAUAAACGAGAAAUGUUCUUAAUAAGAAGAUUUCCAUCUCUCCCUUAAACAGCUUCUCUGUAUAAAUGCAUCGACAAUGAAAUUUCACGUUGAUAAAUUUUUCUUGUCGAUGUUGUCGAUUACGUCGACUAAUCGUUGCAGCCCUAGUGAACUGUACCAUUAGAUGUACUGAUGUUAGGUUGUGCAUUAGCAAACUCUCGCUACAGUUGCUGCUUUGAAGCUAACAUGCAGAGAGGACGAGACGGUUUCCCAGAACCAGCACACUAGCUCCAGACAGCGAUACUCACAACUUUCUUGCUGCUAGAGCUAAUAAUAAUAACAACAACAGCUUAUAUUGGUGAACUAGAAAGUUAGCUGUCAAAUGGGCAAGUAAUUUAAUGGUACCUCACACACAAAUCAUGGCUGAAAUAGUGUUGUGUGGCUCAGUCCAAGACAUUUUGUUUGUUUCCCAUUUACAGAGCCAGCACUGAGUACAAACGCCACGAUUUUUUUUUAACAGCGCACACACACAGAUAGGACAGCUAGUGGACCAUGAGGAGCUAUUCGGUGAAUCUGACAAAAAUGGUUUAGAAUCGCAUACCCCACCUUUAAUUAAAGAGCUUGAUAUUGUGAAAUGCAGGAAUGACAGCAACGGUACAUGUGUUUUAGAGAAGAAGAUAACAUUGUCAAGUUCUGUGGUAUAAUGAAAUGGAGAUGCUGUUAGUGGUAUUAAGGUACUAAGGUGGAGAAUCAGAGGUUAUGGAUGUCAAAGCUAGGAUUGUGGACUGGCAUAUGACAGGAUGGUUUUGAUAUUGGGGACCAGGGAUUGCUAACUGUCUUGACCCAUCGUUGAUUUUUUGUAUAUUUAACCAUGAUGACAAUCUUUCCCCAAAUGUAACGUUUUACUUGUCUAACCGUAAUCAUAUUGUAAUUGCCCAGCACGGAUAUUGUAGGAAUAAUUUGUUAAAUUAAAACAGUUUGCAGUGAAUACGAUUUUGAGUCUUUUACAGAAUUGGGUCAAGAUUUGUUCAGUUUUGUGAAUGGGUUAUUAUAAAGAAAUGUUUAGGUACAAGAUAAGAUAUGGUUAAGUGAAGGAACUGGUUAUGUAGGUACAGUAGAGUGAGGCCUAUAGGCUAGGUGGGUUUGGUAUUAAGUUGGAGACAGAUCAAGUUAAGUAAGUAUAGGAUUGGUUAUCUUUAUUAAAGGUUUGGGUAAGGUUAAGAGGAGGAAGGUUGGUUAAUAAAUUAUGCAUUCACACAGUGCUCGGCUGUCCAGCUCCGUCUACGGUCUACCAUGCCAUAAACACGAUGGGAUGUAGUCGUAACAUUUGUUAAACAAAACACAACACUUUCGGAGGCCGGUCUGUUUUCCAUCUCACUCAGAGUUAGAUGGGAAGAUCAUGGCAAGAACAUUUUAAAAUGUUUAAAAUCCAGUGACUUGAUAUUUAGAAAAGGUUUUGUUUCACUUUGAGCUGUGCAUAUGAUCAAAUACCUCUAUACUUGUCUCUGCAUCGCAUUCAAUGUAGUCAGGUUUGUUAAAAUUAUGUUUCUGUAACUGUGACUUUUUUUUCUCUCCAUUGUGGCUGUUCGUAAUCUAAAACAUCUAGCUGCCCUUUGUUAAUAGCCUAACGCUGUGAGAAAAUACUGUUAUUGUAAAUGUGUUUAUUGUAAGUGUAUUGAUUAUGCAAUACCAUUCAGCUUUUUUGAAAUAGCUUGUGUUUCUUUUAGGAGUCAAAUCUGAGGAAAAUUGAUGGUUUCAAAUGUUUUUUGUUGGUGUAAAACCUGACUUUACCCACUUCAGAACAUCAUUGUUAAUGUACCGGUAUGCACUUUCAGAUCCCCAAAUAAAUUUGAGAUUACGGUUUAA